AUGCCCAGCAGAAGGCCCAUUGUUAAAGCAAAGACUACCGGAUCUUUCGAAAACAGUAACAGCCAGGAGCCCCCUAAAAUCCCUUCACAGAGGCCUGUCAGACGUACAACUACCGAAAUAAUUGAAGAUAAUGAAUCUGAUGAAGAUAUAAUUGAAAGUUAUGGUACAGAAGACUCCAAACCAAGCGAUGUUGAUGAUGUGCCCAGUAUCCCAAGGAGGCCACAAAGACAGGGCCUCUUACAGGAAUCAAAUGAUAUUAACAAAGAAGAACAGUCAAUUGCUUAUAUAAAUUCCAUAGAUUCUGAGAGCUCGAACAAGAAUGAGGAUACCACUUCAUUAAAAGAUGUGAUACCUGAGCAACCUGCUAUGCCUGAAAGGCCAGCAAAGAGAGAAACAUCAGAAAUCUUUCAACAUGGAUCAAAUAUGGAAAAAUCAGAGAAGAAACAUACCUUAUCCACGACAGAUGUGGCAGACGAAGUGCAAGAGAGUCCUAUUAUUCCAGAAAGGCCAAUGAGAAAGAAAAGUAGGGAGACACUUUCAGAAUCUGGUUCAUCACUAAAUUCUCCAGAACACAGUGACGCUAUAGAGGCUCCACAAAAUGUCCCAGAAGAGGACCUUACUGCACCGGAUUCUGAUGUAAUGACUUCAGAAGAAAACUAUGCUGUUCAAAAAAAUGAAAGCACUUCGAGUAAUAACUCUGAAGAGGUGGAGAGAAAACGUAAUGAUUUACAAGAUGAAAGUAGUCCCCCACUUGGUGAAACCAGUGUUUCAAUGGAUCCACGUGAUGAGGAAGAAAGCCGUCUAAUUAAAAAUCUGGAAAGAGAGGGUGGCCAGCACACUGUGAAAGAUCAAGGGAACGGAAUACUAACAGAAGAUCAAAAAGUAGCAUCUCUGGCUGAUUUAGCAGCGCAACAGAGCACGUCUCUUUUAAGCGAAAAUCAAGAGCAAACAGCAUUGGCAGAUCUGGCCGCACAAAAGGAAAUUAUGGGCAUGGCACUCAAUGAUAAAUUAACAAUCGAACCUGUGGAAACUACCAUAUCUGCAAAACUAUCAGAACCUGAUAUUUCUUCACCCGUUGAACUUAAAGAUGAGAAGGAAACUUCUUCUUCAUCCAGCAAGGAAAAGAAGGAGGAGAGCCAAACGCCGACUAUACCAGAGAGACCAAAAAAGCGUGCACCUCCCCCAGUUCCUAAAAAGCCAUCAUCCAGGAUUGCUGCUUUCCAUAAAUUACUUGAGAGGCAGCAAUUGCAAGAAUUGAAUGCUAGUAAAACUUCGGGGGGAACAGAAGGGGAAGAGAAAGAGGACAAAUCAGAAAAUGUUUCGGAAGCAGUCAAGACUGGAAAAGAGAACUCUAUAAACUCACAAAGAACAGAAUUUGCCAGGAAUUUGAAUGGCUUAUUCGCCCUACCUGGUAUGGUUCCAAUGGAUGGAGCUUUACCCAAGGCAUUAGGUAAAAACUUGUCCCCACCUUCUGAGAACAUUACGUCAGAGGAACCUGUAGUUACAGAGACAUCAAGAAAUGAGGUUUCUGAUGUACGUCAGAGACGUGCUAGAGGACCUCGUGGUCGGAAACUGCCCUCCAGUGUUUCAAAUGUGAAAAAAGUAGUUGCCGAAAAUAGUACUUCAUCUAUUGAGGUUUUCGAAGUUUGGACGAUAUCAAAUGUUAGAAAGGCCGUUGCAGAACAAACCAGAGAAGAAGCUACCAGUGCUCAUUCCCCAUUUGAAAGUGAGAUAAGCGAAGGAUAUGUAGUGGAAGAAGAUGGUAAGGAAAUCAAUACAGCUCAAUCCGAAGAAACAAAGGUCACUAUGGUAAAUGGUUCACCUUCGGAAACAAGUUCUACAGAGGAGCUUGAAAAGACUAUGAGUUCUGAUGAAGAAAAUAUAACCGAGGGCGUAAAUCAUGAAGAACCAUCUGUUACAUCAAUAUCAGAGUCUGUUGAGUGUAGGGACGAAAAUAAUCAAGUAGAAGAAGCCGAACUGGAGUACGAAACCAGAGCUGAAAAACAGAUGGAAGAAGAAAUCUUAAAGGAUGACCAAGUCCUCUCUGAUGUGGAGUAG